GUGGCCUGAGUGAGUAGAGGCUCCACAAUAAUGUACACAUCUCAUGUUAGCGGACCAAUCGCUGCAGGAAGAAGGCGGGGCUGAAGUCGCCAGGUGGAAGAGGACUGGAAUUAGGGUCUACGGUGUACGUGAAGCAGCAAAAAGUUACUAAAGAAAUAUCGCUAUGAGUCGCUUUCUGAAUGUGCUACGCAGUUGGCUGGUGAUGGUGUCAGUUAUUGCAGUAGGAAAUACGGUACAGAGUUUCAGGGAUCACAGCUUCCUGUCAGAGAAACUUUACACUGGGAAACCUGAACUUGUGAAUGAGCUGCAGGCGCGAACAUUUGGAAUCUGGACUCUGCUUUCAUCCGGCAUUCGCUGUGUUUGUGCAAUUGACAUACAUAACAGAACAUACUUGACAAAGGAUUUAGCAUAUGAGAAUGAUGGUGGCAGUCAAAUGCAGGUGCCCAUAACAAAUGGGACACAAUCAGUGUGGUUACCACAUCCUCAGCAGAAGCCACGGCUAUAA